AGAGGAGGUCACGACGGAUGGAGAGAUGCAGGGGGGGAGAAGGGGACAGAGAAGCGAGACUGGAGUAGGGAGGCGGGCGGCGGUGAUGGUGAUUGUGGUGAUGGAGGGGGGGGUUGAGCACAUGAGAGGAUAACUGCCUGUUUGCUCACUCUUGUCGUCUUGCUUCCCCUCCUGUCCAUUCACUUCCACUCGCAAGCGCUCAGACCGCGAGGCGGCAGCUCCGAGGGAUGGCUACUAAGGUCCCCACGUGAAGGGGAGCGACUCCGCGGCACCGAAGACGAAGGGAGAGAGGGGAGACAUCAGGCGGAGGGCGAGAGGAAGGCGGCGGCGGCGGCGGCGGCGGCAGUGAUACCGAGGCGGGAAUAAAAAGCAAACACCAGCGGGACGCGAGGACCGGAGGAGGAGACGAGAGGGAAGCGCGGAGGAGAGAUGUGGAGCUCCUACUGUAUUGAACCGCGAGGAAAUGACUCACUGAAAGAAGGGCUGAGAGAAGAAAGGCGCGUUGAAGGGGAGCAAUAAAAAGAAGGAAGUGAGAACGACAAAAGCUGAAUGACGUAGGCAGUGAUGGAGAGGCCGGUCCUGCCCAUAACUUGGCCGUCCUUUCCGCUACGGGCUCGGGGGACGAGGCGGUUGGCGAGGUCGUCCAACUGAUGUGAUGGACAGAAAACUGAUGGACAGGUUGCAUCCUCCCUGCUUACUCAGUGGUAAUCGUUCUGGCUCAAUUAAGAGUUUAUAUCCUGGAAAGAUCGAAGAAAAACGGGAAUACGUAGCAACGCAGCAAUUUGGAAGCCGAGGGGAUAAAUAAUAUUCAUGCUGCAUAUAUUUAUUUUUGUAUGUGUAGAACAGAAAGGACUUAAUUCUUUGUGUUAAUAGCUGUAAUCUACUCCUAUCUUGGACUUUUCCUCACAUUGAGUUGUGAAUAUGGUAAUUCUGUCUUUUUUUGAGGACGAUUUUAACUGCAAAGUAAGUCCUUGGAGUAAAGACAAGGGAUAAUAAGCAGUGCGUGACCCGAUAGUGAACAAGUAUACUGUGAGGCCAAUGGAGGACCACCGUCGGUGAUGCGCUGAUACAACCAGGCCAUCACAACAUAACUGCAUUGCCUGCAGAGACUUUGGAUGGUGGGGGGCAGUGAGACGCAAGAGUAAUGGUGAGCAAAGAGCCCCACCACUUGCUGACUGGCCAAACCAACGGCAAGAGCGCCCUGGCGGAAAAGUCCGGGACCAUGACGGUGCGCUCCGUGCUGCUCAAUCGUGACUCCCCGGACAUCGAAAGUCGCCUCAAGAGGCGUCGCAAUCGCACCCAUCAGGUCCGCUUUAAAGACCUGGAGGACGGGAGCAGCAGCAGUGGGAAUAGUGGAACGGGAGAAAGCCAUCAGAGGCCACUGGCUGACUGCAACAGCCCCCACCCUCUCCGCAAACACAGCGGCAGAUCCCCCAAGCCGUGGGCGGACAGGGACGGUCCACGGACAGACAGUCUCCUUGGCCAAACCUCAGUGGUGGGGGCAGUGCGUGGGGACAUGGCUAGCACUAUAGAGGUUGUGGCUGCUUUCUUGGCCAGGGCCCCUCCUCAUCCACUGACGCCAGGCCCAACGCGUCGAUGCUGGGCACCACCACAGACUAACUCCCUGACCUUGCCAAUGACACGGCGGCCCAGCACCAGCACAGCCAUCCAAACCUCACCAUGUCUGAAAAAGUCUCUCUCUUCCACCCACACACGUAGCCACAGCCUGGGUGACUCCGUUGGCAUAGAUGGUGAUGAUGAACACGACUCCCAGGAUGAGUACCUUUCACACAACCACGUGCAGCUGCCGGGGUCCAAGGAUCAGAACGGUCCCCAGGGGUCUACAGAUCGAACUGUGAUAGAAAGGAGGUCAAAAUCCUCCAGGACAGACAUUAUUUCAUCUGUUGCUGUCUCAAAAAGCUCCAGGCACAGUUGUCCUCCAUCAGUCCUUCACAAUACUGAGCCAAGCCAUUGUUCCACUGCAUCCUGCCGAGAUGGCCCCAAGCGGCAGGGAAGCGUCACUCCUUCACUGGUCAGGAGGAGAAAGCGUCUGAAUAGGACGACAAGCGAUCCUGGAAAGGAAGUGCACUACUGCACCACUCCCACUCAGACUGAGAGCCCCUGUUCAAGCUCAAAUACCAGGCUCUGCAGCGCUCGAGUUCAAACUGAGUGCACCGGUCAUUCAAAAUAUUGCACUACACAAAGUCAAACUGAGGGUCAACACCAGUCUCCACUUUUGAAAGACAAACAAUCCACAGUCCAAAUUCAAAACAGCAUCUCCAUACCAGAUCCACCUUUAAAUGCUGCACAGCGUGCCACUCAUAUCCAAACAGACGCUCCCUGUCCUUUGCGUCCGAGCCAUCCACCGUCGGAGACACAACCACACAGCCUGUGUGCUUCUCCAAAUCCACUUGAGACAAAAUCAGUGCAAAUCAAAUCGGAGAGUCCUGUACCACUAAAUGUGUUAGAGGACACUCUCUCCACGCAAAUAACGACUGUGCCUUACUGUACACCUCCCCCACCUACAAGCGCACCGACACCGACCCCUGAAGUAUGCACUGAGCCAUCUUGCACCUCUUCAGUCGAGCUAGCAUGCACCACUCCAGAUGCGCCCACCACACUACCCGUCCCUUGUUCUGCCCCUACUGUGAUCACGCACCCCAUCCCAUACUACACUCAUGUGACACCACCAGCGACCAACAGUGCACCCCUUGUCCACUCCAGUCCAUCGCCCAAACCACCAGCAUGCUCCAACCAGGACGGCACCUCCCCUAUCCCAAACAUGGCAUCGUCACCCCCCCUCACCUGUCAUACCCCUCCUCCAACCACUAAUGUGACUCCAUGUGAACCCACGAGCCAGACCACUGCUCCCAAUACAACGCAGUCACCUCCAAAUACCUCACCCUCUACAAAUCUAACACCAUGCACGAUAGUGACUCAAACCGCUUUAUCUUGUACCUCCAUCUCCUAUUACACCACUACACACCCUAUUCGUCCACAUGGGCCUCCCCAGAACCCCGCGACCCCUUCCUGUGCAACUCUCAUACACACUGUCUCACACUGCAACAUCCCAUGUCAAGCUUUGCAAAACGCCUCUUCCGUCAGCAUCGGCAUAGCGCCCUAUUCCUCUCCCGUUCCCAAACUAACGUGCACAUCACCACCUCCACUCAUAAAAACAUAUAUUCCCAACGCUUGUGCAACGCCAACAAAAGCUGUUCCUCUGUACUCGUCAACAUUUCGAGCAGCGCCGCCAUACACCCCUCCUUCUCAGGCCCCCUUAAACGCUCAGGAUAAGAGGGGCAUUCGACUCCCGCCUCCUGCACCGCCACCACCACCCUACACGCCUCGCAAAACUGGAAAUGAUCCGCUGGGCACUGCAAUCCGAACACCAAUGCUCAGGGCGGACAUCAAGGCCAACGAGAAGGAUAAAGACGAGGAGAAGGAGAAAAAAGAAGCUAUAAAAUGUCCGGACACACCAAAGCUCUGUGAGAGAGCCAGCUCGCUGAAGCAGAGAGCUAAAACUCCACCGGUUUGUGUGAUGAAGGGAGAAAGGCAAUCCUCUCCCGCCAAGGCCUGUUUUAAGCCCAGCUGUCUCAGCUCAGCCCAGGCUCAGCUUGGGGUACUACACAAAAUGCUUUGUGCAGGAGCCAACGCCCCCAACAGUCAACACGCUCUCCCUCCAAACCAGCAAGGCUGCGCUGGGGCCAAGGGGUGCACCAUUUCUGGGGACAAGUCCCUGACACCUGCCCAGGCGGACACUCUAAGACAGGUGCAGGAAAUUCUUGGUGGCUUAGUAGCUGGGGCCAGGUGUAAAUUGGACCCGGCCCGAGUGACUGAGAAACUCCUGGGUCCCAAAGGGCCCUUGCACGAUAUCCGCAGCCUGCAGAACCAGCUCCACAGCUUGGAGGGGGUUCUGGAGACCAGCCAAAAUACCAUCAAGGUCCUGCUGGAUGUCAUUCAAGAUCUGGAGAAGAAGGAGGCUGAGAAAGAUGGAAGACAUUCUUACCGAACCGGCCAGGACAUUGAGAACUGCGGGACCUGCAGGGACUGCGCCUGCAUCAUCUACAGCGUAGAGCACGACUUUCGUCUUCAGGAAGGACAGGUGGUCCGCACAUGGAAAGUCGGCGAUCCUCCCGAAGGCUCGCCCCAGAUUGUCGCAGAAACCACCCCCCCAUGCACCACACCCAACCAACAGGAGUCCCCCCAAGCUGUCCGUCCCCCUGCUACCACCAAAAAGAACAGGAAAAAAUGCUUCUGGUUCCUCUGAUUUGUGUAGGAAGGAGGAGGGGGCAAAAAAAAACAACAUUUUGCGACUGCAAUACACAACAUAAAAAUUGCAAAAAGGAGGUGGAUUUCAUAUGGAGGCAAGUGUGCUAUGACCUGGAGGAUGAAAAAAUGCAAAUAUACAAAACUGUGGGAGGAGAGGGAGGAGACAAAGGUUGAGAAUUUAUGUUUUUUUGUUGAGAUGACAAAUGUUUGAUGUGUUGUUGGAACUCUCCAAAAGCCUCUUCAGCUUUGUUAUGGCUGCAGGAAGGUAAAAGUGCAAUAUGACUCAGUUAGAAAGCAAUGAUGAGAUGUAAAGAGAAUAUACACUGAUAAUAUGUAUCGAAAUAACAUUUACCUAUGUCAAGGAUUGAACACGAAACAGAGAGAAUUCAUAAGAGGAAGAUUCAGAGUCAUCUUCACUAAUGGACUAAUGAGGGUCAGAACACCAGCUUUUCUAUUCAGAGACAUUUCAAGAUCAAAGAACUGUAUUUAAAAUAAAUUCUUUUAAUAUUGGAACUGUGGGACAAACCACUACUUCGCAUUUCAAAAGGAACAAACACCCCAGCCCCUCCCCGCGCACACACACACUCAUACAGUAUAUCGGUAAAGGACAUUUACAGAAAAAGAGUAUAUACAGUAUAUAUAAGCUGAGAGACUUCUGUGCAUAUCAGAGAUAUUCUGCCAUGUUAUAUUUCAGAUAUGGAUUACUGCUCUAUAAAUAUAAAGUAUUUUACCACAGCUGCUUGGUGUAUUGUGUCUUUCUGCAUUGUGCUCAUCAUAUUUGUUGAAAACUGAAUCAUACAAAAACAGAGUAUUUUUUAAAUAUUGAUAUUUCUUUUAACUGCAGUAUCAAAAACUGGAUUUGAGCAGCUAUUAGCUCUGAGCACCCCUUCGCUAUGCCGAGCGGUCAGAGAUCCUGCAGGGAUACAGAGGAGGAGAGGCUGUAUAGCGGGAGUGAACAGCAAAAAAGACGGUGUGAAGGUUGCUGUAUAACAGGGGUGGGCAAACUAGAGCCGGGGGGCCACAUGCGGUCCACCAAGCGUUUGAAUCCGGCCCGCCACUUUGUCUAAGUUUAAUGACUUGCAGGUCGGAUGUCUUGUUCAGUAAAAAAAAUAUAUAAAAAAAAACACAAAUGAUGUUUGAUGUGGUCUGAUGUUUAAAGUACCCUGGAAAAAGGGACAUAUAGAAAUGUAAUUAUUUAUUUUAAAUUUAUUUAUUUACAAAUAUUUACAUAUUUACAACAUAUAGCUAAUAGUAUGGCACUUUUACAGAUAAAAUUGGACAAAUAAUUCAAGGUGGACUGUUAGACUUAUAAGCGUAAAAUAUUGUGUGUGUUAAAUAUAUAUUCUGGCCCCCCCUGGACAGUUUUGUAAACUCAACACGGCCCACACGUCAAAAAGUUUGCCCACCCCUGCUAUAUUAAGAUGAUAAAGAUGGUAUCAACCAUGUUUACAGUCUGUCAUCAUGGGGAACUUGAGAUGGAAGCGCUAACAUCGCUAACCCGCCAACAGAGUGAUUACAGUGACUGCAGUAUGAUGGUUCAGAGGCUAUUUCCUAUAUGAUUGUUCACAUUUUUGAUAAAACUUUGCACACAUAUUUGGCUUUGACUAUUGUUCAAACUAUACUCCCAAAAAAUAUUUAUAUAUAUACGGUACC